AUGCAGCAGGACGGGGUCAGCAGCGUGAAUCAGCUUGGGGGGCUUUUUGUGAAUGGGCGGCCCCUGCCCCUGGAUACGCGGCGGCAGAUCGUGCGGCUGGCGGUGGGCGGGAUGCGGCCCUGUGACAUCUCCCGGCGCCUGAAGGUAUCUAACGGCUGCGUGAGCAAGAUCCUGAGCCGUUACUACCGCACGGGUGUCCUGGAGCCCCAGGGGACUGGGGGCAGCAAGCCCCGCCUGGCCACCCCCGCUGUGGUGGCGCGAAUCGCUCAGCUGAAGGGCGAGCGCCCGGCCCUGUUCGCCUGGGAGAUCCAGCGGCAGCUCCGGGCCGAGGGGCUUUGCAGCCGGGACAAGACCCCCAGCGUCUCCUCCAUCAACCGAGUCCUGCGGGCGUUGCAGGAGGACCCCAGCCUGUCCUGGGCCCCGCUCAGGCCAGCAGCUGUCAUAGCUCCUGUUUCUAGUACUGUCCAUGAUGGCUCUGAGGUGGCCCGGGGUCCCCACCCAGGGACCGGCCACCGGAAUCGGACUGUCUUCUCUCCAGGCCAAGCUGAGGCGCUGGAGAAAGAGUUCCAGCGUGGCCAGUACCCUGACUCCGUGGUGCGUGGAAAACUCGCUGCUGCCACUUCUCUUCCUGAUGACACAGUGAGGGUCUGGUUUUCCAAUCGCAGAGCCAAAUGGCGCCGACAAGAGAAGCUCAAGUGGGAAAUGCAGCUCCCAGGUGCUCCCCAGGAUCUGGCUGUCCUGAGUGCUUCCCCAGGGAUUAGUGCUACACAGUGGUGCCUGGGCAGCUGCCCCUCAGUCACUCUGCCCACCCUGGAACCCUUGGGCCCUUCCUGCUCUCGGCUGUGCUGGGGCUCAACAGACAGGUGUCUGAGUGACACGGCACCCCAACCCCCUCUCAAAUCCUGCUGGGGUAACUGCCCCCUGCAGCCGAGCUCCCUGCACUGGCUACUACUUUGUCAUCCCUGA